AUGAAUCGCCUCGUUGGUCCGCUGCAAGGCUCAAAGUCGGGUGAAUCGAAGCGUACGCGGCAAACGUAUUCGCGAAAUCAGACGUUGGAACUGGAAAAGGAAUUCCACUACAAUAAAUAUUUGACAAGAAAACGACGACAAGAAAUUUCAGAAAGUCUGCAGCUCACCGAAAGACAGGUCAAAAUAUGGUUCCAAAACAGACGAAUGAAGCACAAGAAGGAGAGCAAAGGCGAAGGAACCGGUGAGCAUGAAAGCGAUGAGUCCACCCAAGACGAUCAACAGAACUCCUGA